GCGGCCGCGCGAGCGCCCCCGAGCGGCCGCCGCCACCGCACGGCCGCGCCGCCGCCGGGUCGGGGAUGGGGCUGCGGGCGCCGGGUGCGCUCCCAACCCUUCGCGUCGAAGGGCCGAGCAGCGCCGGGAGUCGCCCCGCCGCCGGGAGCCCCGCCGCCUAGGACGGGGCGAUGUGGGAGGCGCCUCUGCCGGCGCCCCCAGGAGCGACCACCCCCGGGCCCCCGGGCACGGGGCGCGCCCCGCCGGCAGCGCCGGGAAAGGACGGCCGCCCCACGGCUGACCCGCGUGGCCCAGGCGGCGCCGCCCGAGCCCUCUAGGCGGCCGCGGGGCCCCGGGAGCUCGCCGCCAGCGCCCCCUCGGAAGCCAUGCCCCCCGGCGCGCGCCCAGGGAGCCAUGGCCUUUAGGGUCCCGGGCCGCGCGGGGCCACCUCAGCCGCGGAGGGCGCGCCGGCUGCUCUUCGCCUUCACGCUCUCGCUCUCCUGCACUUACCUGUGCUACAGCCUCCUGUGCUGCUGCGACGACCUGGGCCGGAGUCGCCUCCUCCGCGCGCCCCGCUGCCCCCGCGGCCCCCGCGCGGACGUCCCGAAAGUUGUCCCGGGGCCCCGCCCCUGCGACCCCCCGGGGCCGCCGCCCCGCGCGCCCGCCCCGCGCCCCGCGCCCGCCAACCUCUCGGGCUCCCCGAGGCCGGGCACCAAGCGGCUGCCCCAGGCCCUGAUUGUGGGCGUGAAGAAGGGCGGCACGCGCGCCGUGCUGGAGUUCAUCCGCGUGCACCCGGACGUGCGGGCCUUGGGCACCGAGCCCCACUUCUUCGACAGGAACUACGGGCGCGGGCUGGACUGGUACAGGAGCCUCAUGCCCCGCACGCUGGAGAGCCAGAUCACGCUGGAGAAGACGCCCAGCUACUUCGUCACCCAGGAGGCCCCUCGGCGGAUCUUCAACAUGUCGCGGGACACCAAGCUGAUCGUGGUGGUGCGCAACCCGGUGACCCGCGCCAUCUCCGACUACACCCAGACGCUGUCCAAGAAGCCCGACAUCCCCACCUUCGAGGGCCUGUCCUUCCGGAACCGCACGCUGGGCCUGGUGGAUGUGUCCUGGAAUGCCAUCCGCAUCGGCCUGUACGCGCUGCACCUGGAGGGCUGGCUGCGCUACUUCCCCCGCGCGCAGAUCCACUUCGUGAGCGGGGAGCGGCUCAUCACCGACCCCGCGGGCGAGAUGGGGCGGGUGCAGGACUUCCUGGGCAUCCGCAGGUUCCUCACCGACAAGCACUUCUACUUCAACAAGACCAAGGGCUUCCCUUGCCUGAAAAGGACAGAGGCGAGCCUCCUGCCUCGGUGUCUGGGCAAGUCCAAGGGCAGGGCUCACGUGCAGAUCGACCCCGAGGUCAUAGACCAGCUGCGGGAGUUUUAUAGACCUCACAACAUUAAGUUCUAUGAGACGGUCGGGCAGGACUUCCGGUGGGAAUAGGCCUCCGACAGGCCAGGUCUCUGUGGGUCUGGGCCACGGGUUUGUUCUGGGGGCCUGUGACCCCCUCCCCCAGCAGAGCCGGGCUCCAGCGCCUUCCCCAGCCGGGACUCCAUCAUCCUGGAACCAGGGAGCCCGGCCCGGGCGAAGGGUCGGGGGCCCUGCCGCUAGCUCUCCCCCGUCUGUCCAGGCAGCACUGACCUGCCUCUGGCACGUCCAGCCAAUUCCGAAGCAUUGCCCUCCGGCCCGUAGGCUGCCUCGGGAAGUUGCUUUAGGAAGAGUGGAUCUUCCCGUUCUGCUCGCUGUUACCCGUGGUGAUGGCUCUGUUGCUGUGAGCACAGCGGUCUGUCCUUGUGACUGUCCCCCCCAGAGUGAGCUUGCUAAUUCCGCGCGUCGUGUAUUUCCCUCUGAGCUUUCCUCCCCCUGUCUGGUGGCAUGGGGCACAGUCCUCAUCCUCCCGCCCUUAGCAGCUCAUCAAGAGACGCAGAGCGGACGCGUCCCCUGGCCGCCGCAAGGAGACGGACCCUCUGAUGAGGGAAUAAACCGGAGCUUUCUAAGGCUGAGGCCUCAGCCCUGCUCGAAGGUGGCAGUCUUUGUACGCUUGGUGGCUCUCCCUGCUCCCUGUGGACAAAAGCACAUAAUUCUGCUGUUACGGGUACUUGCCUCACGCGAGCUUUCAUGUUCAGCAUGCAACAGAACAUGCUUGUCCAUGUGAAAUAAAUACGGCUCC